UAGGUAUUUAGGAGCGAGCAGCUUAGUUAGCUCGACGCCGGUGUCUGCUCUUGCCGUACCUGUUACACAACCGGCCAAUUAUUCGCCUUUUUCUCGUAAUGCUCCUGUCUCCGCCGCUUCUGUGUUCCCAGAAAAUUGUCGCUCCUAUACUACCCUUGUGAAGUGAGUCGUUUUGCGUGCGAGUCGUUCCUUCGAUUUCAUUUAUUAGCUAGCGUUACUUCUCACGGUCAAUGGCUUCGUCCUUCCUCAGACCAGCCGUCAGCCAGCACCGGUUCUGCUCCUCACCCGACGCUGCGUCCCCUUCCGCGCGUCAGGGCACUGCCUGCCUGGCGAUGGCUCCCAACGCUUCGAUCUCCCUCCACUGCACCCAUCAAUCCGGUCUCCGAUUUCAGACUAGUGGUACCAAAUCCCAUUCACGGAGAAACGUCGCCAGUUCCUUUUUCGGAGAUUCGCUCGCUCGGUCCCAACUAGCGUCCACUCCGUCAGGCCUCCAACCUCAGGGGAAGGUCGCCAGACGGAAGCCCUGGAGCGCGCCGCAGGCGGUGUUCCAAUGGGGGAAGCGGCCGGAGUACAAGGGGACGCCGCCACGUGUCAUAGUGGUGACGUCGGGGAAGGGCGGGGUGGGGAAGACGACGAUAGUCGCGAAUAUCGGGAUGUGCCUGGCGCGGCUGGAGUUUAAAGUCGUCGCGAUAGACUGCGAUGUGGGUCUCAGGAACCUCGACUUGCUGCUAGGAAUGGAGGCGAGGGUCUUUCACACGGUACAGGACGUCUUGGCUGGAGAGGCUCGAUUGGAUCAGGCGCUUGUACGCGAUAAGCGCGUCCCCAAUUUCGAGCUGCUCUGCAUUUCCAAACCCCGGUCCAAGAUUGAUUUAAAUUUCAGCGGCAAGUCGCUGAUUCUCCUAGUGGAAGCCUUGAGGGAGCGGGAGGAGGGAUGUCCGGAUUUUAUUCUCCUGGAUUGUCCGGCGGGGAUCGAGGCGGGGUUCAUAACGGCAAUCACGCCGGCGAACGAGGCGAUUAUCGUGACGACGCCGGACGUGACGUGUCUGCGGGACGCGGACCGAGUGGCGGGGCUGCUGGAGUGCGACGGCAUCACCAACGUGUCGCUGCUGGUGAACCGCGUGCAGGCGGAUCUCAUCAAGCAGGGCCAGAUGAUGUCCGUUGGGGACGUCAGAGAAAUGCUGGGUCUCCCUCUGUUGGGAGUGAUUCCAGAGGACACUGCAACCAUUGGUGCGUCCAACCAGGGAAUGCCACUCGUACUGAAGAAGCCGCCUACCAUGGCGGGCCUGGCAAUGGAGGCUGCAGCGUGGCGGCUGGCUCAAGGGGAGCAGAUGGACGUGGUUGUGCUUCCGGAGGAGAAAAAAGGGUUUCUUGCUUUCUAGCCUAGGCUAGCUAGCCCUAGAGGUCAAAUGCACAGGAAUGUCUAUUAUGUUAAGAGAGUAGACUGCGGUUUAGAGAAUCUGAAUCCGUGUUGCCCUUCGAAAAUUUGCUUGCAUCUUUGAGCAUGGUUUAGGGACACACCUCCCCACCAUCACUUAAUG